AUGAAGCAUGAUUUGAUUUGCACAGACUGGCAUCCUAUGCACAAGAACGAAAUGGUGAAUGGUGGAGAUGGUAAUAGGGACGCUGUUAUUACUGAAAGAGAGAGGCGGCCAUCGGGUAGCUGUUUGAAAAGUCCUGCACAAACACCACCCGGCACACCAACAGACAAGAAACAGGUACACUUUGCUGAUGAAGUUGAGAUGGAAAUGGAAAAAGUGCAGUUGCAAGAUGGCGUUCGAAACAGCUUUUGUCGCCAAGCGCCCCAUCCUAGGGAGAACUCGCCAGAUGCACAAGACGAAUACAGAUAUCUCGCUGUUUGCUUCCCUCAGCCUGGAUAUUCGUCGAAUUAUUUAAAACUAGUGAGAGAAAAGAAAGUAUAUUUAGAAACCCUAGUCGUUGCCGAGGACAUGGCAGUGUUAGGAAAAGUACGGGUUGAAAAUAUAUCUUACCAAAAAAAUGUUAUUGUUCGUUUUACUACCAACGACUGGAAAAAAUAUUACGAUAUUCCCGGAGCCUAUGUGCAGAACUCUAGUGACGGAACUACUGAUCAGUUUUCGUUCACUAUCUCCCUACCAAAGACCUUCUCCGCUGGAUCAUAUUUUCAAUUUGCUGUGUGUUACAAGGUGUGUGGACACGAAUACUGGGACAAUAACCAUGGUUCAAAUUACAUUGUGGCAUGUUACGCUAAAACGUCAUCGCCCACUAACAAUCAUCGUGAUCAUAAUUGGUCUCACCAUUUUGUUUGA